AUGGAUCCUGUCGCCAAGGGCCCCGUGUUGUUGUUAUCUCUGUCUACAUGCCCAAGCAAAACCCCUUUGGGCCCCUCCCUUGAGGUCAGUCCGCAACUGAACAUUUCUUGGGGCACUACAGCAAAAAUGAAGUCCAAGGACCAGCUCAUAGAGCCGACACAACUCGGCACGCCUCAGGGCAGGUCGCAGACUCGCAAGUCUCGUGUGUUCUGGGCUUCUUGCUUAUCCACCUUGUGUCUCUUUGCUCUUUUCGGGGCCUGGCACCGAGCGGACCCGCAGCGUCAGCUGCUCGGCACUUGGGGUCGUCAACCCGCUGACAAGCAGGACAGACUCACGAGAAGCUACACUCUUCAGUCCGGAGUAAGAUGGAUGAACCCAGAUGGUGGUCGUUGGAGGGUCAUGUUUGUCUGCAACGGACAGUCGCCCUGCCCCACGCUAUACGCUGAAGAAGGCGAUCUCGUCGAGUUGACAGUAAGAAGCGAUGUGUAUUCUCAGUCAACGAUCCAUUGGUCGGGCAUCGGACACAAAGAAACCGGAGGAUGGAACGACGGUGUCGCUGGUGUUUCGCAGUUCCCUAUCCUGCCUCGCGGAAACUUCACGAGCUUUAUCGACACGACCGGCUCCUGGGGGUUGAACUGGUAUGCCGAGCACACAACGGCGGCUUCGGCUGAUGGCUUGUACGGCAUGGUCUACGUCGCGCCUAGCUCAUCGCGACCUCGACCAUACCGCCUCAUAACCAGCGAUGGGAUCGAGCUGAGAAAGAUCAUGGAAGCGGAGAGGCAGGUGCGACACCUCGCAAUAAAGAAUCAUCAGCAUCGCGACACGGGGUGGAAGAUGCUGCGCAUGCGCGCUGAAGGGUCCGAGUUCUACUGCUAUGACUCGAUCCUUGUCAACGGAAAAGGCAGGGUUCACUGUCGCCAGCCUGGCUUCGAGAAGCUGAACGGGCAGGAUCUCGACGAGACAGGCUGCAUCCAGCCGCCGGGGCUGCCCGACGAGUCGUGCACGCCCAGCAAUGCCGACUACGAGGUUAUCGAAACGGAAGGCCGGUCCUACAUCAUGAUGAACCUCAUCAACAUUGGUUUCGAGCAUUCAGUCGUGGUCUCCAUUGACAACCACAAGAUGAUCGUGGUAGCAAACAACGGAGGGUUCGUAAACCCCGAGGAAACCGACGUUGUCUACGUUCCCAGUGCUGGCAGGGUUACCGUUCUCGUCAGACUCAACGCCGAGCCCGGCGACUACGCCAUGCGCAUCUCUUCCACGAGUCAGAUGCAGAACCUGCAAUCCUACUCCAUCUUGAGAUAUCCGGCAAGUCGGCGGCCAGUAUACGGGCAACCAAUGGAAGUCCCCCAGCCAUCCUCACCGGACAGCAUCUGCGUCCUCCCGGAUGGUUCCGCCAGAGAUGGCUGCAAAACGGUCAACGGCCAGUUCAUAGCUCCUCACCCUGCUUCCCCGCCACCCAAGGCCGAGAAGUCUGGGAACGAAGCCGCAGCGGACUAUACCUUCCACCUGGCAGCCGGCUCCCAGGAGUCGCUCACGGAGCCUCAUGUGCCGGAAUACUUCCUCAACGGGAAGCCGUGGCAGCUGUUCCGCUCCUCGUUGACGCCUCUUCUCUUUCAAGUGGCCAACAAGUCAAGCUCGGGGGACUCGCUGGGAAAGCCUGUCAUCGAAGGCAUCCCCAUGGGCUCGGUUGUCGACCUGAUCAUCGAGAAUGAGCUGAAUGACACGAUCCCUCUCUACAAGCACGCCGAAGCUGCUUGGCUACUCGGCGCUCAGCCUCACCAGGGGUUCCCUUUCCAGAGUGUCGAGGACGCGGUUGCCGCGCAGGGAGAAGUCUCCAGGUCACUCAACUUGCACGACCCCUCGCUGGUGACGGUCCAUGACCUGCCGCCCUUGGGAUGGAGCGUCCUCCGCUUCAAGGUGACGGCGAAGGCGGCGACCAUGAUCCACGCUGUCAAGCUCAGGUACUUUGCGCUGGGCAUGUCGGCGCCCAUCAUGGAAGGCAUACUGGCGGACGACCCGGUCAAGCUUCCCGAAUCAGCCGUCAACCGCCCCCAUGUUGUCUUCGAACCCAAGAAUGAUGGUGUGUUUGGGUAG